GAUCCCUCUUGGCGCGAACUCUUUUCUCGUCUAUUUCGCAUCGCGCUUCAUCUCUGGCCUUCCCGUUAUCCAAAGCUGCAAUUUAUCGCAUUCACUUGUUUCUUCAUCUUUGUUCUAGGACGUGUAGUCAACACAUUUCUUCUUUUCGUACUUUCCGCACUCAUCACCACAUUCGACACACCAGGCGUAGCUCCAUUCCCUGCAUUUGGUUCAAGCCCAUGGCCGUACCUAAUCACCUAUGUCAUGCUCCGUUUCCUUGCUUCCUCAGGCGGUCUCGCAGCUUUCCGCGAUGCAUUCUGGAUUCCACUCAUGCAAUACAGCGACCGCAGCAUGUUGAUGCUCUCAUUCAACCAUGUCCUGGCUCUUUCUCUCAGUUGGCACACGAAACGCAAGAUUGGUGAGCUGCUCUGUAUUCUUGAUAGAGGAAGCGCAAUAAACCGCCUUGGCGAGCUUAUUGGGUUCACAGUGGUUCCUGCACUCGUGGAUAUAUGUGUUGCGCUCGUUGUGUUUGUCGUCAAGUUCGAACCUGCGUUGGGCGCUGUGGUUGGAGUCGUGAUGGGGAGUCAUAUCUGGGCGAGUGUCGUGCUUACGAGGUAUAGGACUAGCAUACGGAGACUGAUGAAUGAGCGGGAUGUGGUAAGUAACAUGCGUGGGAUUCAUACGGAUUGUCUCCUCAAUUACAAGACUGUCAAGUAUUUCGGUGGGGAGGAGUAUGAGGCGCAGAGAUAUACGGAGGCUAUCGAGGAGUAUCAGAGUUUGGAGAAGAGGGUUGUCCUAUCUCUCAACCUGCUGAACCUCGUGCAAACACUCAUCAUCACCUCUGGUCUUCUGGUCGGUUCCUUGAUCGUCGCGUCGCGCAUCACAAGGGGACAGAGUAAUACUAGCGAUUUUGUGGUGUUCAUCACUUAUUAUGCGCAGCUCUAUUUCUCUCUGUCGAACCUCGGCGGCGUAUACCGCGUAAUCAACCAAAGCCUCAUCGAUACCGAGAAAUUGCUUCACCUUCUCAAUGAGCCCACUGAAGUGGUCUCUAGAGGUUUCUCUUUUCUCUCCUAUUCUCGUUCGAUCAUCUUCGAUACUCUGGACUUAUUCUUAUUUCCUAUUAUAUACACUCACCGUUAG